AUGUGCCCAGCUAGGUCCCGCGGUGUUGUGGUUAAGCGUAAAUGGGAAGGUGCCACAUUAUUGGCUAUCUCGUCAAUAACGGUACAAUCUUACGAACUGCUUAAACUCGGCAGGUUUAUCAUUUGGGGUAGGUCUAGAUUUCCAAUCGAUGGUGAAAUCCUGUCUUCAGCUCAGGCACCAGUUUCCGCUGAUCAGUGUCAACUGCUCCGCAAAGUUGCAUCGGAAAGUCGGCUGGCGGCUCUACCCGAGGAACUUCGUCUUCUUCUUAUAAAAAGCUGUCGAUCUGCUCCUCGUAUGGUUUUUCAUUUAACAUCAGCUCCAGCUUCGAUAUUCGGAAUCCAUACGAACCAAUACAUACUACCUCCCAAAAUGUUCUCUUUCAUCCGCGAGAUUUCCUCCUUGGUGGCUGUGGCUGCCCUUCUCGUUCCUACUCUUGCCGCACCAACUGUAGGAGCACUCGCAGCCCCGCCAGAUGUUACUAUUGACAAGAUCAUUUAUGGUGGAACCGGAUGCCCACGCGACUCCGCCUACGUUAACUUGGCCUCGGACAAGCAAUCUUUCACCGCGUACUUCAGCAAGUUCACUGCCUCCAUCGAGAAAGACAACAUCAGAAAUUCUCGCAAAUUUUGUCAAUUGAGUCUUGCGGUCGAUACCCCCCCCAGCUGGCAGUUCACGGUCGUCGAGACCACCUUCACGGGAUUUGCAAGCCUUGACCCCGGCGUCGUUGCCACUCAUAUAUCUACUGCAUAUUUCGCUGGGAGCACCGAAGAGCAAAGCUUCAGUAUUCCAAUCCGAGGACCCACCAACCAGUAUUUUACGUUUCGAAGCACAUCCGUUGUUGGGACCGGAGGCUGGUCGCCGUGCGGGACGCAGGCCCUUCUCAACAUCAAGUCCGACCUUCGACUCACCGGAGAGGGACGCGGUGCAAUUACAGAGACCAGUGGAAAGGUCAGCCGAAUCUUUGCUCUCCAAUGGCGCAAUUGUUGA